AAUGGAGCACGGGGGCCACGUGCUCCUGUCCUGUACCACCCCACCCGUUCACAAGCGCCCGCGCCACCCUCCCUCGCUCUCGUGCUCCCCCAUUCCGCCGUCGCCGGAAGGAAUGGCAGCCACCGCCCGCCCCGCGCCGCGGCCGCUGCCGCUGCCGCUGCCGCGGUCUCCGCUUCUACCUCGCUUCACCCAAUACAACAGCCCGGACGAUCCACCUCGCGGCCUCCGCGGCGCCAGACGCCUCACCCUCUCCCCCUCUCCCGCGCGCCGCCGCGCCCGCUCCCUCCACCUCCGCUGCCGCCUCUCCGACUCCGCCUCCGACCCCGACCCACUCCGCGUCGCGUUCGCGUGCGGCGGCGCGGGGGGCCACGUCUACGCGGCGAUCGCGCUCGCCGACGAGCUCCACGCCUCUCUCCCGUCCUCCGCCUCCCUCUUCCUCGGCGCCCCGCCCCCCUCCCUCGAGUCCGACGCGGCCGCCUCCGCGCCCUACCCGUUCGCCCCCAUCCCGCGCUGCCUCCCGCACGCGGUCCUCGACGCGGCGCUGCACCUCCGCCGCUUCCGCCCCCACGUGCUCGUCGCCACCGGCGGCGCACCGGCACUCCCGGCCUGCCUCGCCGCGCUCCUCCUCGGCGUCCCCUUCGUGAUCCAGGACCAGGACGCCGGCCCGGCCCCCGCCACCCGCCUUCUGGCGCCCCUCGCCCGCCGCAUCUUCCUGGGCUUCAACGCCCCCGUCCGCCUCCUCCCCAAGCGCAAGUGCGCCGUCUACGGGAACCCCGUCCGCAUGUCCAUCCGCAAGUGCCGGAUCUCCAAGGCCGACGCCAUGGCGAGUUUCUUCCCGAGGAUUGGGACUGUGGGCGAGGAAGGGGUGGAGGUUCUGCUCGUGCUUGGUGGUACGGAGGGGUCGCCGGAGAUCAAUGUCGCGUUGCUGAACAUGUACUACGAGAUGCUGAGAGAGAGGAGGAAUAGGUACAUCAUAUGGCAGACAGGGCCGGAGGGGUUCUGCGAGAUGGAGAGCCUCGUCAGGAGCCACCGCCGGCUACUUCUUACCCCGUUCUUGCAUGAAUUGGACAAAGCAUAUGCUGCUGCUGAUGUUGUAGUUUCUCGAGCUGGUUCUAUGAGUUGCACUGAAGUACUGGUCACUGGGAAACCAUCAAUUUUGAUACCCUUACCAACAAUGGUGGAUGACCAUCAAACCAAAAAUGCAUAUAUUAUGGCUGAUGUCAUGGGAGCAAAGGUCAUAACAGAAGAUGAACUUGAUUCUAGUAGUCUCAGAUCUAUAAUUGAUGAAGUUUUCGGUGAUGAGAAAUUGAUGUCGGACAUGUCUCAGAAGGCAUUAAGUGCAGCUCGUCCUAAUGCUUCAACUGAUAUUAUUCGUCACAUCUGUUCGCUGGUUGGCUCAUCCUGCACAACAUAAAACUUGUUUACACAUUACAACAUCAAAUGCUUAGUUACUGUGCAACAGAAUCACAUCUCAAUUUUGAGGCCUAUACUGAAGAUCUCUAGCUCUCAUCUUUCACACAAAUGGCUACAAGACAAUCUGAGCAAAAUAAAAAUGAUGGGGAAAUGAUACCUCCAGGUAGUGUUCACUUAUGUGCCACCUAUAUCAUGAUGUAGCUUUGCACAAAUAUUUCUGCAAGCAAGGCAUGCAAGAUGGCUAAAUUUCCUGUGUAGCUUCAAGAGGGCUGCGCAGCGCCUUUCUUCCACUUCGCAGCCAACUAAGAAAGCUGUGCUCCUCUCUCAAAAUCUCUUCAAAUCUGGUUGAUAUAGAUCCGUUUUAUAGUGGAUUUCGUGAGCAAUUUGAUAAGGAAAGGUUAUCUUCCUCCGGCUCGCUUUCUUUUUGUCAGUUUUACGAGAUGAUUUGGAGAUUAGGAGAUCAGGAGUUCUUUUGAGCCCGAAGUAUGACUGAGAUAAGUGUGUUGCUAAUUUAGAGGUUGGAAUUUUGUGUGGAUGAGAAUUGUUUGCAUAUGUGCAAAUUAUAUUGAAUUAUUUAUAGGAUGAUUUGGUAGGCAUUGUAAGUUUAUGUUAAAUUUUGAUAAUUUGUUUGAUUCAGGGUCAUGUUUAAAUCAUGGUGGUAAUGUAUGUUGUAGAUGGAUAAGUUUUUGUAAGUAAUAUAUGAUGGUCGAUUUUUUAUAUCGAUAAUGCUUAAUUUUAUUUUGUUAUAACG